CUGCGCGGAGCGUGAUUGGUUGGUGGCUUCGCCCAAUCGGCGGAGGGCUGUCGGAUUCAAAUCCAGAGCGUUGGGCCUGCGGUCGUUGGCCUCAUUCGAGUCGUUGCGUCGGCCCUAGGCGGACGUAGAGCCCCUUGCGCCCGGUUUCCUGAUCCCGCUUACUCCUCUGCGCGCCGGCAGGAUGGCCCACAAGCAGAUCUACUACUCAGACAAGUACUUCGAUGAGCACUACGAGUACCGGCAUGUCAUGUUACCCAGAGAACUCUCUAAACAAGUACCCAAAACUCAUCUGAUGUCCGAAGAGGAGUGGAGGAGACUUGGUGUCCAACAGAGUCUAGGAUGGGUUCAUUACAUGAUUCAUGAGCCAGAACCGCAUAUUCUUCUCUUUAGACGACCUCUUCCAAAAGAACAACAAAAAUGAAGUGCAGCUGGGAUCAUCUAAUCUUUUUCAAAUUUAAUGUAUAUGUGUAUAUAAGGUAGUAUUCAGUGAAUACUUGAAAAGUGUACAAACCUUUCAUCCAUACCUGUGCAUGCGCUGUAUUCUUCACAGCAACAGAGCUCAGUCAAAUGCAACUGCAAGUAGGGUUGUUUUAAGUUGUUCAAGAUAGUUUCUUGUAGUUUUUUCUUAAUAUAAAUGCCUGUUUUAUUUUACCUGUUUUGUUAAAUAAAGUUUGUAUAUUGCAUUUAUAUCACC